AUGCCACAUCCUUUAGAUCAACUUAAUCCUGAGGAGCUCCAAAGGGCCGUUGGGCACCUGAAGAAUUACCACAAGGGUAAGCAAUUGCACAUCAAGAAUAUCCAUCUUGAAGAGCCCCCAAAGAGCUUGCUUGGUCCUUAUCUUCAGGCUGAAAAGGCUGGUAAGCCAAUUGCCCCUCCUCCUCGUAUUGCCUAUGGUUACUACUAUAUUAUGGAUGACAAAAAGGCUGAGGAGAUUUGGAUCGAUUUGGAUACCAAUCAAAUCACCAAGGUUGUCAUGGUUGCUUUGCCUCAACAUUUGCCCAUGGAUCAAGAUGAGGCCAACCACAUUGAGACCUUUAUGUAUGAUGACCCUCUUGUUUUGGGUGCUUUGAAGGAGUGCGGUAUUGAAGGUGAGGCUAUCAAGACUGUUGCUAGUGAUGGUUGGAUGUACGGUUGUGACGAAAUCACCUCUGUUUCCAGACACAUGAUGUUCCUCAUGUACUCCAGAGACCCUAAGACCAACCACCCCGAGUCCAACAUCUACGCUUUCCCCUUGCCAUUUGUCCCAGUUUACGAUAUUCUUGAGAAGAAGUUUGUUCGUAUUGACUGGUGUGCUACUAGUGGUGAUGAUGACGAUGCCAAUGGAAUCAACUAUACUACUCGUCAAAAGUACAAGUUUGCUCUUGAGGGCCACCAAGCCAGCGAGUACUACCCCGACCUUGUCCCCAACAAGAGAACCGAUCUUAAGCCUUACAAUGUUCUUCAACCUGAAGGACCCUCAUUUACUGUUGACGAGUCGAAUCUUGUUCAAUGGCAAAAGUGGAGAUUCAGAGUCGGAUUCAAUCCUCGUGAGGGCUUAGUUCUUCACGAUGUCGACUAUGAUGGAAGAAGAACCUUCUACAGAUUGUCUGUUUCUGAGAUGGCUGUUCCAUAUGGUGAUCCACGUCCUCCUUUGCACAGAAAGAUGGCCUUCGACUUUGGUGAUGUCGGUGGUGGCAAGUGUGCUAACGAGCUUUCUUUGGGCUGUGACUGUCUUGGUACCAUUAAGUACUUUGAUGGCCACCUUGUCGAGCCUAACGGUAACGUUCUUACCAGAAAGGGUGUUAUUUGCAUGCACGAGCAAGACGAUGGUAUUCUUUGGAAGCACACCAAUUACCGUACUGAGGCUGCUGCCGUUGUUCGUCGUCGUAUUUUGGUUCUCCAAACCAUUCUUACUGUCGGAAACUACGAGUACAUUUUUGCAUGGCACCUUGACCAAGCCGCCAAUAUCCAAUUGGAAAUCCGUGCUACUGGUAUUGUCUCUACCCAAGCUAUUGACCACGGUAAGAGAUCAAGAUACGGAACUGUUGUUGGACCUGGUGUCUUGGCCACUUCUCAUCAACACAUUUUCAGUGUCCGUAUUGACCCUGCUAUUGAUGGUAACAAGAACUCUGUUUCUGUGCAUGACACUGUUAUUACUCCAUGGGACGAGCGAAAUCCCAAGGGUACUGGUUUCAUUAACACCAAGCGUUACAUCGACGAAUCUUCUGCUUUUGAUGCCAACAUUGCUUCAAACAGAUACGUCAAGAUUGUUAAUGAGAACAAGAUCAACCCUAUCACUGGUAACCCUGUUGGAUUCAAGCUUGCUGCCGCUCCUACUGCUUUGUUGAUGGCUCCUCCUGGUACCGUUGCCCGUAGCAGAGCUGCUUUUGCUACCCACCACUUCUGGGUUACUAAGCACAAGGACAACGAAUUCUAUGCCGGUGGUGUGUGGACGAAUCAAUCUGCCAAGGAAGUUGGUGGUGUUCAAGAGGCCGUAAACCGUAGAGACAAUGUUAGAAACGAGGAUAUUGUUUUGUGGCAUUCUUUUGGUCUUACUCAUCACCCCAGAAUUGAGGACUACCCAGUUAUGCCUGUCGAGGUUCUCAAGGUUGGUUUGCAUCCUAACGAUUUCUUCACUGAGAACCCUGCUAUUGAUGUUCCACCAAGCACUCAACAAUUCAACCGAUCUGUCGAAGUUUUCCAGACUCGGUCAUGUCAUCGCAUGUAA